UAACUGUGCGUGUGUGUUACAAAUUACAAUGGGACUUGAAAAGAAAACAAUAAAAAUUAUUGUCAGUGUUUUAGUUAUUUCAGUUAUAAUCGGAUGCUCACUCGGACUACUAUUUGCUUUUCUGUUAUAUCAGGCACCGUACAUAGAGCUGGAAGCAUGGCCACGUUUAGCUGAUGAUGACCAGCGACUCAUCCACUUUAAAACCUCCGAGCCAGGCACCUGGCACCCUUGGGUCCAUCGUAUUAAUGACCUUCUGAAUGAAUACGAAACCGCAACGCCCGAGGACCCACCCCACGCACCGUGCUCCACUCAUCCUUACCAUGAGCAGUCGGGACGCUCGGAGCCCUGUGCCCACGCUAUGCGGUACUGGCAUCCUUGCACCAUCGACACCCUGUAUGAGUACGUCAGGGGCACACCUUGUGUGUUCCUGAGGCUAGCUCAUAUUGAUCAAUGGACCCCUCAACCGUACAAUACUUCGGUGGACUUGCCUAUCCCAAAUGAAAUGCCGGAUCACUUGAAGAAAGGCUUGAAUCAUCCAUCGGCAAAACUCGAAGAUUACGUCUGGGUGUCUUGCAAAGGAAUGUCCCCAGUUGAUGAGGAAAACGUUCGUUAUAUUCGGUAUAUACCCGAAUACUUGCCUCCGGGGUUUCCAAUCAGACGGUUGCAUUCUGCUGACAAAACUGAGGCUAGUAGCUUGACUGCUAUCGAUGGAGGGCCGCUGGUUGCUGUGCUGUUUCAGAAUUUGACACGUGGAGUGAUCAUCAAUGUGGAAUGUCGGAUCUGGACUCGGGACAUCACCUACGAUGGUAUUAGCAACAUCGGCCGCACCACCUUUGAAUUACUUGUAGACUAG